AUGGCUCACAGGCCGAACGUGAAGCGCGAUGAAGGCUCCAGGAGGCAGAAACACCACCGGAAGGCGACCCAGAGCAGCGGCAUCCAGCCUUCGCGGUCUAGCAAGAAAAGCGCUGACAAGCCGGGAGUGUCCAGAACGUCGUCCAAACUGAGUAUCUCGAAGGACAUGAAGGACUCCAAGGACCCCAUCAAUGUCGAGGUCACUACUGGAACCAUGCGAGAGAGCAGCACUUCCCGUGGUUCGUCGCACAAGGCAAACUUGCACAGCGCCAUCGUGUUGUUCGUGGCAGCACUCGCCGUCGCCGGUUGCGUGCUGCUUUUCGCCCGGUGGCUGACCUACGAGCCCAUCGUGGCCCUGUGCGAAACUGCUGGUUGCGAGAAACACGUCAAGGAGCUGAAGGCCGCCAUGGACACCAGCGUCGAUCCGUGCACCGACUUCUACAGCUUCACGUGCGGUUCCUGGAAACCCAUGGGCAACGAGAAGUCCUUGUUAGCUCGCGUCUUCGCCUCGUCGGCCGCCAUAGCGAUGGAGGAGAUGCAGGGGGAUCCGCAGCAGUCUAUCGUUCCAGCAGCGCCCCUGUUCUACCAGAGCUGCGUCGGGGCUCGUAUCGAGAUCGACAGCGAGCUGAAGAUCUUCAAGGACUUCAAACAAGACAUGGGCCUCAUGUGGCCCGAGAAGACUCAGAACGAUGCGACCAAUCCGUUGACGCUGCUUCUCAACCUGAGCAUCAACUGGAACUUCCACAUGUUCUUCAACCUGCGAGCCAUGCCCGUGUACCGAAAGAGGAGCCAGACGCUGUACAUGAGGCGCGGCUUAAUGACGCCCAAGUGGCAGGACCUGAGCGAACCGCGCAAGUGGACGGCGAACGUCAGGGAGCACUGCAGACUUCUGAAGGCCAACCUGCCGGACAGCGGCUACGCGGAACUGGAGGACGUGGUCAAAGACCUCAUGAACGCUGCCAUCAGCGUUCCGCCGGAUGCCACCAACGACACGAAGUUCGUGUUGAAGGACAUCGAGCACUUCACAAAGCCCGCUUCGAACUGGUGGCGGGACCAGCUGAACGCGCUCCACGGGCCUCAGUUCGCGUGGACGCUGAACAGUCCGGUGGCCCUCGAGGACCCCACCAUCCUCCAGAAACUCGAUCGCCUGGUGAAUAACUACAAGGAAAAGAAGGCGUCUCUACUCACCGGGUUCGCGUGGGUGUUUGUCCGUCAGAACUUGUGGCUGAUCGCCGGAAAGCCGGAACUGAUCCACGAGGGCGCCAACGCCGCUGUGCUCGAGAUGACCAUGAAGAGGGCCUGCCUCAACCACGUGCAGUCGUACUUCGGCCUCCUCAUCUCGGCCAAACACAUAUACGCGCGCUACAACGCCACCGUCCGCGGCGAACUGCAACGUUUCUACGACAUGAUCAAGUCGGAAGUGAAGAAGAGUAUCCGCGACAGUUACUGGAUCGACACGAUCGUCAAGGAUAAGACGUAUGCCAAGCUGGACGAACUUAGCUUCAACGCGAUGCCCGACGACCGCUUCUUCUCGAAGAUCGACCUGGCCCAGCUGUACAAGGACUUCCCCAGGAUCCGCGCUCCCUUUGUGGAGAAUUUCAUCGCCAUAGCCAAGGCGUACCGCAAGGUCAUCGGCGACGACAGCUUCAUCAGCAUCUUCUCGAAGCGGCUCGGCGGCGGCGACGCGAGCCGCUACAAUUACUACUACAACAUCGCCUACGUGGCGCUGGGCGCAAUGGAGCCGCCGAUUCUGUACGACGACGGCACACUGGCCAUGCGGUACGCGUCGCUGGGCAUGAUGCUGGCGCAGUGCAUGGUGCGCUCGUUCGACAGCCACGGCGCGUUCGUCAACAAGGCCGGCGAGAACGAGGCCUGGUGGGGAGCGUCGGAGGACUUGCAGAAACACCUCCACUGCGACUUGUUGGACGGACAGGGCGGCCCGACUGGCGGGCCGGGCUCGCGGCGCCAGUCGGCACUGUUCCCGUUGGUGAACGGGCUGGCCGUCGCGUACGCGGCGUACCGAAGCGAAGCCGCGUUGACCUACCUCAGCCAGCACGGCGUCGACGAGUUUCGGCUGAGAGGCCUGGAGGAGUUAACCGAAGACCAGCUGUUCUUCCUGACAUACUGUUUGUCCACUUGCGCACUCAAGAGCAACGGCGACACGUGCAACGUGCCGCUGCGGCACUCGCUCAGGUUCGCCGCCGCUUUCCGCUGCUCGUCGAAAAGCAAGAUGAACCCAACGAACAAGUGCCUGUUUUUCGAUUGA